UUAUUUAGCUAGUGAAGAAGUAGUGUUGAUGUGGUUUUGAAUACGUUAGCGGGAGCGUCGGGUUUAUUUUUAAGGAAGGUUUCUAGAGAAUAAAUGUUAAUAACACAUGAAUAACAGGGUUAAUCCUGUACCUGCGGUAAGAGAGAGUCAGUAAGUGGUCCUGAACGCGCUUCAUGUUGGAGAUGGAGGAGUUUAUGGAGCAUUAUAAACACCUCACCGCAGUGGAGCAGGCGUGGCUGUGUGAGGUGUACACAGGGGUGUGUGAUUGGCUGCACCCGGUUGUGGGUGUGUCUCUGGGUGUGUUGGAGGAGCAGCUGGCGCAUGCUGUGGUGCUGAGACUUCAGAGGACUCAUCACUCUCUCCCCAUCAGCUACAGGUUCGUAUCAGUAGCACAGCUGAUCAGCACCCAGCGCACAUCCUGCUUCAGCAGCCUCACCUGGAGCACCAAUCAGCACAGAGAAUGGAGCAGGGAGGCGGAGCAACACCUGCCCAGUCACAAGGCCCUCUCACGCACUAACCUUAUCCUGAUUGGCUUGCUGUGUGACGGGCGUGUCUCAGCUCAGUGUGACGGCUCUUGGAGAGUGAGAGAUGCCAGUGGUAGUGUGCACUGUGAGGUUCUGAGCUCGUCACCGCUCUGGCUCGGGAGGCUGAUGCUCUUCCCCACCUGGAACUACAUUUCCUACAACGCACCAGGGCCAGGACAGCAAUCUGAAGGCUGCUUAGAGCUGAUCGACUCGCCUGUCUGUGUGACCCCUGACCUCACGGCGUUUGACCCCGGAGGGUCACUGAGUGAUGUUAUUGGGGUCAAGAAGGCAGCCAGACUGCUGAGACAGAAGAGCAGUAGAGGAGUGUAUAUGUGUGUGUAUGGAGAGGUGUGUGUGAUCUGCCCCCUGAUGGUCAUUUCUGGAAAAACCUUCUUCUGCCUGGUCCUCAGUGAGGGAGACUCCACCAUCCCUGUACUGGUCACGGUCCCAGAGUGUGUGUACUGGAGACAGUGUGCAUCUGUAGGACAGAGUGUGUGUAUUUCAGCGCUGCGUGUGUGUUCUCUUCGAGGGUGGGCGGGGCAACGAGUGCUGUCUGUCACCGCAGAGUCCCACCUAUAUCCAAACUCCAGAAUAGGUGGAGAGUCUGAGGUCACGGACACACACGCGGAUUCGCACUCGGAAUCACACACACAGUCACAGUCACAGUCACACACACACACGGACACACACCUGCAGCAGGAGUAUGAGGAGGCCCAGGUGCAUGAUGGUCCGGUGCGAACAAAACUCUCCAAAAUCAUCAGCUACAGGGGCCGCGUCACUGGAGUCCGGGACGCGGAGGCGGGGCUUUAUGAGAUUGAUGGGAAGAUGUUGCUGUGUCUGGCCUAUCAACCGGUGAGGAAGUGGGGUGGCGGCUUAAGACCAGGGGCGGAGAUUGAGCUUCACAACGUCCAUUUCCUGUUCCGCCCGUCUCCGAACACACCUGACGUUGUGCUGUGUGCAUGUUUACGCUCCACUGUCUCCGUGACAACCUUCAGUCCGCUGAGGUCAAAGGUCACUCGGCAGAGGUCAGACGGCCCUCUGGUGCGUUUCCUGUUGGAGAAGAACCUCAGCUUGUCAGAGUACCUGUGGCUCUGCUACUGCCACACUGCACUCACUGACAGGUUGUGUCCACGCUGGGUGUGUGAAGCUCGAGUGUGUGUGGUGGCAGGAAGGAUACUGCAGGUCAUUUUAGGAGACAAAGACAUGAAGAAAAACAAGAGAGACAUUUAUAAAGAAAUGCUGCAGGACACACACACCUGUCCCCUCACUCAGUACCGUGUGUCUAGUUCCAGCAUGUCCCUGUACUCUAUAAAGCAGCUGUGUGAUUGGUUAGAGAAGGAGAGUUGGGCGUGUCUCUCUCUGUCGCUGCUCCUUCCGUCUUCAGCAUGUCACAUGACCCGAGCUCAGCUGAACCCACCUCUAUCAUGGUCCGCACACACACACACUCUAGCGAACACAUACAUAGUGGUGGUGGGCGUGUUGGAGCUGAGUGUGGGUGGAGCCACCGUGAGGCUGGUGGACCAGACCGGAGCCAUUGACUGUGUGUGUGUGCAGAGUUCAACCUCAGAGCAGUGUGGGUCCAUCGAUACGGCAUGGAUGGGGUGUCUGGUGUGUGUUCGUCGGUGUACGUUAGUGAUGGAGCGAUUCAUGAAGACAAAUUUUCCCUCUUGGAAACAUCUGGACCAACACAGAUACAUCAUACACAAACACUGCAGAGUGUAUAUCUGUGUGUGUGUGGAUGAUCUGCACAUUUUGAGCCCCUCAACUACCAUGAGCUCCCUCAUCCGAGAGAGAGAAAAUGAGCGAGAGAUGGAGAGGCCGAUGAAGAGGAAGAGGAAAGAAGAAGGGAGGAAGGACGAAGGAAAAUCUGUCCUCUAUCACAAUCAACCUGAAAGAAUUAUAGCAACAGCAGAGAGGAGAGAAGAAGAAAGAAAAGAAGGUGAAGAAGGAGAUGGAGGGAUGGAGGUGGACAAGUGUAUAGCGGGCCCAUCCCAAACCAGCAGGAGGAGGGAGACCGAGGGGACGAGUGUAGAAUCCUGCGUGUCACUGCUGUUUCAGGUGCACUCCAAACAGGGCGUGGCUUUUCGAAAUGUCCAGUCGACCAAUGAGGCACAUGCGCUUAUUCUGAGCUUUGUCAUCAAGGCAACACGUCUCGGAGACAUACAGGUUUGGGACAGAGACCCGAAGAACCGCAGCGUGGAGGAGAGAGAGACGAAGGGAGCCGAGAUCACCAUGGAGCUGCAGUUUGUGGACUCUGCUGUUCGUUGGUUUCCUCUACUGCAGCCAGGAACAGUGUACAGACUCAUUGCUCUACACACACAGGAUGUGGACGUGUUGUCCUGUAGCUUUGUUUCUGUGAGGGGUGGAGUUUCUCUCCUCAGUAACCCCGCCCUCCUCAUACAGUCCAAGUGGCGCAUACACACACUCACACCACCACUGCUUCUGUCACAGCCAGAGAUUCAGAGGGUGAUGAGUGUCUCUGAAGUUCUCCAUGCCAGCUCGGCUGAUGUCGUAUCCUUUUAUGGAGUGAUCUCUGAGCGAAUCACACUGCAGGAGGAGACGAGUAAAACCCCCUCUGUCAAAUCACUGAUCUGCACUAAAGAAGGUGUGAUGGAGACAGGUCUGCGUGUGCGUCUCACAGUGGGUGAUGUUGAAUCUCCACAUCACCCACUGCAGGUGUACCUGGAUUUGACCCCCAAUGCCUACACACCUGGACUCAUCCCCGGGGCAACCGUUCACCUGUACCAUUUCCAGCGCAGAGUGUCUGUUGUUUGUAAUGUGUACUGUUGUUCUCUGCCCAUCAGCUGUGUGAUAGUCUCAGGUUUGGGGUCAGUUAAGCCCCGCCCUCCCCCUCCCAGAAUGCAUCUGGGCAAGUGGGCUUCAGUUCGGGCAGAGCACAGCAUCAUGGGUCAGGUCAGAGGUCACGUGGUGUGUGUUCUGUCUCUGAGGCUGCAGUGGACAUGUUCUCUCUGUGAGAGUAUCUUCAAACAGGCUGCCUGCAGUCGACUCUGCCCACCAUGUGACUCAACCAGCGCCGUGUUUCAGGCCGAGGCCAAAGUGGCAGUAGAAGACGGUACAGGUGAGGCUCAGGUGUGGUUUCCUACAGAAACUCUGGCUAACCUACUGCUACUAGGCGAGUCAGAGUGGGAGGGGCUUCAGCGGCUUGUCAGGGUCAAAGGUCAUGUGAGAAUAUACGCUCGUGGGCGGAGCAUGGUGUGUGAUGUGGACCCUGAAGAUCCGUUGGUGCAGUAUCUGUGCUGUGUGUGUUCCAGCAGCGCAGUGUGUCGCCACAUCACAAUCACCUGUAAACUGUGCUCUCACAAACCAGAGAAAGCCAAGUUGAGGAAAGUUAGCAGAGGAGACAGAGAGUUCCUCACCAAGUUUCCCAAACCACUUCAACUACAAUGCACACACAUACACACUCUCACAUAGACACACACACACACACACUCACACACACACACUCUCACACACACACUCACUCUCACACACACACACACACAC